AGUCAGUUGUAGACGAACUACUUUCAGUGUUUAUAAGACGAGAUGUUUCAACGCUGUUUAUAUGCACGAAAUAGCGCGUAGAUCAGUGUUAUUGUUGUAAGGCUGCUGUUACAGUUGUUAGCAACACGAACGAAAACAAGCAGGAAACUGGAACGCUACAACCCGGAAAUGACCCCAGAAGCGGGAGUGUUGAUAAAGCUGUAAGAGAGCUGCAGCAGCAGCAGUUGAUGAACUCUGGAAAGAAGUCCAGCAGCUUGAGGAACAUCUGGUCAAAGAAACUGGAGGGAAGCAGGAGCUCAAACAGCGGCAGGACGCAGCAGAGGAAGAGACACCAGAUGAUGGAUGAUGUUUUCCAGCCCAGAUUAGUGCUGCCAGCAGAUGUUAAAGAAGAGGCUCCUGAAGAACAGAGUCCUGAUGUGGAUCAGCAGGAGCCAGAGCCCCUCCAGAUAAAGGAGGAACAGGAGGAACUCUGGACCAGUCAGGAAGGAGAGCAGCUCACUGUGAAGGAGGAGACUGAUACCAGGUUUCCAUUAACUGCAGCUCCUUUCAAGAAUGUUAAAGAAGAGGCUCCUGAAGAACAGAGUCCUGAUUUGAACCAGCAGGAGCUGAAGCUCUUCCACAUAAAGGAGGAAAAUGAAAGAAUCUGGGCCAGCCAGGAUGGAGAACAACUGAAUGUGAAGAAGGAGACUGAUGAUACCAGGUUUCCAGUAACUGUUGUUUAUAUGAAGAGUGAAGAGGAUGAAGAGAAACCUCUGCUCUCUCAGGUUCAUCAACACCAAACAGAAGAGAGAGAUCUUCCAAGAAGCAUCUCAACUGACCAGAUAAAAGUAGAAAUUAAAGAAGAGGACUGUGGGACAUCAGUAUUCAGCAGGAACCCAGAUCUAAAUACUCAUGGAGGCUCUUCCAACUAUUCUGAAACUGAAGACAGUGAGGAUGAUGAAGAGGAUGAUGAUGUGAAGUAUCAUAAAUCUGAGCUUAAACACUUAUCAGACUCUGAAACUGAAGACAGUGAGGAUGAUUGGAAGGAGAGCAGGACUCCAGGAUCAGACAGAAACGCUGUCAACAAAUCUUUGAGCUGCUCUGAAUGUGGAGGAAAAUUUGCUAACAGACGCUCUCUUCAGAGUCACAUGACAUGUCAUCCAAGAUUAACGUCUUCAGAUUGUUCUGGUAAUGAGACAAGCUUCAGAGAAAAGAAAAACAUAGAUUCACUGACAAAGUUUCAGACGGGUAGUAAAGAUUUUAACUGUAGUGAGUGUGGUAAAAGUUUUAACUUGAAACGAGAUCUCAAAAGGCACACAAACGUCCACACAGGAGACAAACCUUUCAUUUGCGAUGCAUCUGGAACAAGAUUUACCUACAAGUCAAGUUUAGGGAAACACAUCAGUAUUCAGACAGAAUACAAACCCUUUAGUUGUGAUACAUGUGGAAAAAGAUUUGCCUUCAAGUCACAAUUAAACAGACACAUGAGAAUCCACACAGGAGACAAACCUGUUAUUUGUGAUGCAUGUGGAAAAAGAUUUGCCUUCAAGUCAGAUUUAAACAAACACAUGAGAAUUCACACAGGAGACAAACCUUUUAGUUGUGAUGCAUGUGGAAAAAAAUUUGCCUGCAAGUCACAAUUAAACAGACACAUGAGAAUCCACACAGGAGACAAACCUGUUAGUUGUGAUGCAUGUGGAAGAAAAUUUGCCUUCAAGUCAGAUUUAAACACACACAUGAGAAUUCACACAGGAGACAAACCUUUUAGUUGCGAUGCAUGUGGAAGAAGAUUUGCCUUCAAGUCAGAUUUAAACAAACACAUGAGAAUUCACACAGGAGACAAACCUUUUAGUUGCGAUGCUUGUGGAAAAAGAUUUGCCUACAAGUCAUAUUUAAACACACACAUGAGAACCCACACAGGAGACAAACCUUUUAGUUGUGAUGCAUGUGGAAAAAGAUUUAUCACCAAGUCACUAUUAAACACGCACAAGAGAAUUCACACUGGAAAUAAACCCUUUGGUUAAGAUCUUUGCGUGGACUGCUUUGGUUUCAAGUCACAAUAAAACAAACGCAAGAAUCCAAACUGGAGAGAAACCUUUUGGUUGUGAUGAAUGUGGUAAAAACUUUACCUUCAAGUCAAAUCUAAACCAGGAUGAUAGAAUUUACAGAAAAGACAAACCCAUUGCUAGUUAUGUUUGCCAGGGCCACCAUUCAUCCUAGGGUUUUAACAGAUUUCAAUGAGUGUUUCAUCGCACAUAGGUUGGUUUUAUGGAUUACAGACUUUUUAAUAGGUAGAGUCCAGCAGGUUCAACACUCUCUGACAAAACAAUUACCAGCACAAGCUCUCCUCAGGGAUGUGUUUUAUCUUCAUUGUUAUUCACCUCGUACACAAACUCCUGCAAAAGCACUUUCCCUAAUAGACAUUUAAUUAAAUAUGCCGACAACAUGGUCCUUUUAGACAACAAAGGAGAGGAGCAUGGACUAGUUCAGGCCCUUUCACUAAUUGGUGCAAAAAAUCCAAGUUGCUAUUGAGUUCAGGAAGCUUCAGUCAUUCUCUCCAACCAUCAUCGAUGGAGAUCAAAUUGAGACUAAUGCUAGAAGUACCUGGGCAUGGUUCUGGACUGCCAUCUAAGGUGAGACUCAUGGGCUGACAGGGCAACUUAACACCCUUAGAAUGUCCUUGACUUCUGUUCAUCAGAACAGUCCACUUAAGAGUCAGUGUCUCGUUAAAUAAAUUUAGUUUAGGAUAAAACAACCUAAAUACUGUUAAUUUCAUUGUGUUUAGCUUUUGUUUGUGGUAGUAUGAGGCUACCUGGUGAAGCUAAUCUGAACAGACCUCUAAGCCUUAAGGCUAGUUUUAUUUGUUCUGUGUUUUAAAGUUGAAACAAAUGUUACUUCAAUGAGAUGUUUUAAACAGUGAUGAUCCAGUAAUGGGAGUUUGCUCCAUUUUAUCUGUGUUUUUGUAUAAUCGCUUUGAACUAACCUGCUAAAAAUGUGUUCCAGUACUGCUUAAAUCAUGCUAAAGGUUUUCUUUGCUAGCGGCUAACAGGCUAAUAGCCUUGCUUAUAAACAUGGUAUACAGCUUUGUUUACACGAGAGCUUGUCUCAUUCGCUCCGUAAUCGUUGGAUAACGCACCAUCAAUGGUACAUUAUCCACACCAUUGAUGGUGUGGAUAACGCCAUCAAUAUUUGUAUUGUAUGGUAUUUAAAAUAACGUAUACAAUUAUUGAAUAAGGUAUUUUCUUUGUCUUAGCAGCUGGUGACCUAGAUGUGAAUCACCACAUCUCUCUAUCCGUCCAUUGGCGGUUCGCCCCCUGGCGUCUUCAAAUAAAGUUUCUCACUUCCAUUUUAAGCGGUAAUAACUCUGUUCAACCAUGUGCUGAAGAAUAAUUACAUACCAUUGAAAAUCAAUUGUCCCAAAAGGUUAUAGAUUUCUUAUUUGGGAAGUUAUUCUUUUGAAAAUUAUUUUAUUAAAAUAAUGUUUUACUUAC